CUCCGCCCGCGCGCGGCCAAGUUUGCAGCGCUCCGCGAUGGCCCCGGCCGCGCUCUGCGCCCUGGCCGCCGCCGCCGCCGCGCUCAGCCUGGCCGCCGCCGCCGCGCCCUGCUCCGACGUGCGCCGCCUCUACGUGGCCAAGGGCUUCAGCCCCAGCGACGCCCCCAGCCACCAGAUCAACGGUGACCAUUUGAAAGUAUGUUCACAAGGCUACACCUGCUGCUCCGAAGAAAUGGAAGAGAAGUACAGCCAGCAGAGCAAACAAGACUUCAGAAACGCGGUUGUAGAGCUUAGCAAUCACUUGCAAGCCAUGUUUAACUCCCGAUACAAAAAGUUUGAUGAGUUCUUCAAAGAACUGCUUGGAAAUGCCGAGAAAUCCUUGAACGACAUGUUCGUGCGAACGUACGGCCGUCUGUACAUGCAGAACUCGGAGCUGUUCCAGGAUCUCUUUUUAGAGCUGAAACGUUACUACGUGGGUGGAAACGUGAACCUGGAAGAGAUGCUCAACGACUUUUGGGCGCGCCUCCUGGAACGCAUGUUCCGGUUAGUGAACCCUCAGUACCAUUUCACGGACGAGUACCUGGAGUGCGUGAGCAAGUACACGGAGCAGCUGAAGCCGUUCGGAGACGUGCCCCGGAAGCUAAAGCUGCAAGUGACACGAGCGUUUGUGGCUGCCCGCACUUUUGCACAAGGCCUGGCCGUGGCCAGAGAUGUCAUUUCCAAAGUGUCCGCGGUGAACCCGACGCCCCAGGGUACCCGAGCACUGCUGAAAAUGAUGUACUGUCCACAUUGCCGAGGCCUCGUCUCCGUAAAGCCAUGUUACAAUUACUGCUUUAACGUCAUGAGAGGCUGUUUAGCUAAUCAAGGGGACCUGGACACAGAGUGGAAUAACUUCAUAGAUUCCAUGUUGAUGGUGGCCGAGAGGCUGGAGGGCCCUUUUAACAUCGAGUCGGUCAUGGACCCGAUUGACGUGAAAAUUUCCGAUGCCAUCAUGAACAUGCAGGAGAACAGCAUGCAAGUGUCUCAGAAGGUUUUCCAAGGAUGUGGGCAGCCAAAAACACUGGCCCAAGGCCGGACCUCUCGCUCGGUUUCUGAGAGCGGUUUCAGCGCUCGCUUUAGACCCUACAAUCCAGAGGAGCGGCCGACUACAGCUGCUGGCACGAGUUUAGAUAGGCUGGUCACUGAUGUAAAGGAAAAGCUGAAGCAGGCCAAAAAGUUUUGGUCCUCUCUGCCUGGCAACAUUUGUAACGACGAGAAGAUGGCUGCCGGCAGCGUCAACGAGAACGAAUGUUGGAACGGGAGUGCCAAGAGCAGGUAUGACUUUGCAGUGACAGGGAAUGGCUUAGCCAACCAGGUGAAUAAUCCCGAGGUAGAAGUUGACAUCACAAAGCCAGAUAUGGUGAUUCGUCGGCAAAUCAUGGCCCUUCGAGUAAUGACUAAUAAAAUGAAGAACGCUUACAACGGAAAUGACGUCGACUUCAUUGACCUAAGUGACGAGAGCAGCGGAGAAGAAAGCGGAAGCGGCUGCGAGCUGCAGCAGUGCUCUCUGGAGUUUGAGUUCAAUGUGACUGAAAUUACUGGAAACGCCAAGAACGAUAAAACUGCAAACACUUCUGCUGCCACCAGUCUUGGUCUAUCAGCAACAGCCUUCUUCUUUAGCAUUUUGUGCUUGGCCUUGCAAAGACAAUGGAGAUAAUUGUGCAACCUAAGUGGGGAAAAAAGACUAUUAUCAAAGUUAAAAGGCACCCAUUCUCACUUUUAUACCAUCUAGUGACUUUGCUUUUUAAGUUAAUGGACAACAUUGUACAGUUUUUACUAUGUUGCCACUGAUUUUAAAGUAUUGAUUUUUCUUGUCAUUCGCUAUUCUGGGAACAACAGGGACUUGGACUAUUAGUCUGUCCUGUUCGCCAAGAAUCCGUGUGAAAGGUGGCUAACAAAGUGUAUAUACAGACCUGUAGUUAGCUCUGCUUUUGUGUUUUUAUCACUUUUCCUUUUUUUAUUUUAUUUUACCACAUUUCUUAUGGAAAAAAAAAGCAAAAAACAAACAAAGGAAAAAAAAAAAACCACCCCAGAGUCCUAUCUUGGCAUGUGACAAAUAUGUGUUUCUGCAAUCUGAAAUAUCUGUACAGAAGCAAGUUUUAUUUAUCAUGGUAUCUUAUGGGCGGGGGGGAGGGAUGGGGGGGACAGGGACAAUCGCCCAACAAGCAAAAGAUGUUUCAUGUACUUCCCAUUUAUCCAUGUUAUGUUAGUUGCCUUAUCAGGAGGGAAAUGGAAGCAAUUUGUCUUUAUUAUACAGUAGACCGAACGUGAAGGCAUCAUGGGUCUAUCCACCGUACGCGCCAUUUGCAUGAAGCAUUAAUACCAGGAGCAGGUUAUACUUCCUUUACAGGACAUUUGGCUACAUUAGAAGAGACCCCGAGGAUACCGAAGCGAAGAAGCGCGGCCCGUUGUUCCCCGAGACUCUUGCAAUUCACUGUAAUCCCCGUAGCUUCAGUCCUGUCGUGCCCCCCAGUAGGUGUAAGGCAUUAAACGUGUAAAGUUGGAAGCAGCUCGUGUUUUCGGGGGUGCAAGUGCCAACGCGUGUCUUGUCUGCAGAUUCGUUUAGACGAAUGUCGAUGACUUUUAGGGAUAGUUUGUUUUUGACGUGGCGGUCUUUCUCCCCGGGGAUGAAGACCAGCCGGUAUGGCAGCCACUUGUUGCGCUGUCAUCCGAGCGGGUUUGGGGCGCUGUAGCUCGAGGGUUACACCCGGUAGGACGGGGACGGCGUCACUCGAGAGCAUCGGUGCAGCUCGGGCAAGGCCCUGAGCGACCGCAGCGCAGAAUCUCUUUUUCCGGCUGGAACAGCGUUGUGUCAACUCAGAAAUAAACUCAGUAUAUAUAUUUUUUGAAAAGGAAGAAAUGAAAUAACUUGAAAAGUGUUACAAAACAAAAAGUCUUCAGAAAGACUAAAAAUUUUUCUGCAAGUCUCUUCCUGCUUCAGAGCGCCGUCAGAAGCCGGCGGGGCCCUCCCAGGCGCAGAGAGAGGGCUUGUGAUUGAUUAUAUUCCAACCUUGCAUUGUAAGGAUAAUUUUCUAUUUUUAUACUGAAACGUUAACUACUUGUUAGCUCAGGGUCAGCAUUUUCUUCAACUUUAUUGUCACACCAAAUUUCUGCAAAACUUAUAAAACCAGAAUAUACUUGGCUGAUAUAAACAAUCCUGGAAGCUUAAUUUUACUAGAAGUAGCCAGUUAUUUAUUAAAACACGAUGUUGGUAGAAUAGGCAUAUUCUGGCUAGAUUAUUUUUCUUCAGAAAACCAAUCAUGGAAGCAUAAAAUUGAGAAGUUAUAAAUUUUAUGUGUGGGAAAAAAAUGGAUUGUAAAUAGCUAAGUUGCCUUGUGAGGCAUUGGAAACUGUACUGAUACUUAGAAACUACCUCAGUUCUGAGGAAUUUCCUUUCUAGCUUUGAGUGCUAUUACAUUGACUUGGUAGAAAUGAAUCUGGUCUCCAAUAUGUAGCUGAAAGAGUUAUCCCUGUAGACCUUGUUAGAUUGUUUUUAAUUUAGAGGAUUCAACUACAUCCAGCUGUUUUUCUUUCAGCGAAAUUCCCUAACAAAGAGAAUUUCUGAAUUAAAUAUUGCUGGUGGUUUCCAUGACUUUUACUGAUUUGUUUGGUUUCAUGGCUUUUUUUUUUUUCUAUUGCCCUUUAAUUAUUUAAAUGGUCCUACCCGUUUGAAUUUUAAUCCUGCAGUAAACAAACCUUAGAUGCACUCCCCUUGUCAAUACAUUGCAGCACGGCCUGGCUGCACAACCCUUCUGGCUCCUUCCCAGCUGGCAGGCCAGCAAAAUUAAACUAAGGGAAAAAAAACUGAACUUCAUCAGAGCUCAGAGAACGAGAUGGAACAAAAGCCCUUGUAUUCAGAACAGCUGACUUCUCCAAGAGCUCCGGUUUUGGGCGUACAAGCGUUCGCAUGUAAGAAAGUUCCCUGUAAAUGCUCCUGUUUUCAGGCAGUCUGCCCACUCUGCACCUAGGAACGAAACCCAUUUCUGAAUUGAGAUUUAUUGGUUGCCAGCUAAUUGCUUACUAAUUAUUAUUCAUUCGUUUGGUAAAAGAGAACAAUGCAAAGACCUGACGUGAGUUUUAAAUGUGUCUGGUGACGUAACAACCCUCCGCUGAGCAAAGGACGAAUUGUCAACUGGGGCUACAGAAACCAGAGUAAACGUAAAUGUAGAACGAGA